CGUGCCAGGAAGUGGGGAAACAUGGCGGCAUCCAAAUGUUCGGUAGAAGAAAACAUCCCAGACUAUGAAUACGCAGAUGUCAACACAAAAACGUUUCAUAUCGGCUCUUUCAGGAACGAGUGGCUGAACAGACUGAAGCCGAGCGAGUACUCCUUCCAGGAGGAGGACAAGGACUCGUUUGACGUUAACUUUGCCAGAGAGAUGCAGGUCGAUGCGGAGACCAUGGCUGAACUCAAGUCCAUCUGCAGCAUUGAUUCACUGCGUUGCCAUCCUGAGGAUCAGCAGCCUGAUGAAACUGUUGUACCAGAGGAUCCGACGCUUAACACACUAAUAGAGAGAAAAAAGAGGCAAGAUUACAGAGCUACUUUGAAAACACACAAGAACAGACAUGACCUCUACGCAGAUGAACUGGAGCGUGUUAGUGUUGGAAGAAAACCUGCAUCAAUGACUGACAUGAUCCCUGAAGGAGAAAUCAUCCUAGCUAUCAAUGUUUACUACCCAGCUGUCCUCGAUAGAUUUAAGUACGUGCGACCUCACAUGACUGUAUUGAUGACUGGCUCACACAGCCUGGUAGAGCUCAAGGAUGCAAUCUGCUGUGUCAGCGACUUGCAAGUGUGUGGAGAGUUCAGUAACACCCCCGACAUGGUUCCAGACUUCAUUAGUAAAGAUCACUUCAAGUCCUCUUUCUUUUUCUUUGAAGGCAUUUUCUAUAAUGACAUGCGGUUCCCCGAGUGUCAGGACAUCAGCAUGACUACCAUUGAAUGGGCGAAGGCUCGCAACUUCCCAACUUACACCCAGGCCAAGAUGGAGGACACAAGAUUUGUGGAUCUGAAAGUAAAAGUGGGCUUCCCAUACCUCUACUGUCACCAGGGAGACUGUGAACAUGUCGUCAUCAUCACAGACAUCAGACUAGCACAUAAGAACGACUGCCUAGAUAAGAAGCUCUAUCCACUCAUCACACAUAAACACAGGUUCGCCACCCAGAAGUGUGCCGUGUGCCACAUCUUUAUUGGAAGGUGGUACACAACUAACGACCAGUUUGCUCCCAGUGAUCCAUGCCUUUUCUGUGAUAAGUGUUUCCGGAUGCUGCACUAUGAUGUUCAAGGCAACAAGCUGGGAGAUUUCCUGGCCUAUCCUUAUGUGGACCGUGGAGCAUUUAACUAAUGCUCUUCUUUGGAGGAGAGCUCGGCUCAUUGAUUUAAUGCUGUAUAAUACAGUGAGAUGUUUUAUAUUUCAAAAAGAAAUGUUCUGACAUUUGAAGAGUCUAUAUUUUCCUUUUGAAAGAGAAAAAAAGACUAAAUAAUAGGAUUACCAGGAUUUGUUGUGUUUAAAAUAAAGUUGGUUUACAAUA